AUGAGCCAUAUAAUCGGAUCGUCGGCCACUGCACCAUCAUCACCCUCGAUCCGCGCCAACGGACAGCGACCCAUUCCAGGCGCUCAUCAGUUUCACGAUGGCUUGCUGCCGCCAGCUGCUGCGUCGUGGUCCAGCGCACUAAAGGACCUCAACGACUUUGAGCUCUCGUCGUCACACCCAACACGCCCUGGCUUCCAGCAGCACUAUGACUCUCCCUACUCACGCAGCAUCCCGUCCACUGCCCCCGGUUCUCCUCGAAUUCCACCCCUUCGACAGAACUCCGGCAGCCAUACACCAAGAGUCCGGCCACAUGCCACCACGCUGAAUAUCCCGGGCAUGACCAGGUCCAAGGCGUCCCCCGAUGGCAGAAUUCCCGACCGCGAUGUCGCUGCGAAGCUCGUCAUCAUCAUGGUCGGUCUGCCUGCUCGAGGCAAGUCGUACAUCACCAAGAAGAUCCAGCGCUACCUGUCGUGGCAACAACACAAUACCAAGAUUUUCAAUGUUGGAAAUCGUAGGCGCCUUGCGGCAGGGGUGGCCAACUCCGGUAGUGGAUCCCCGACCUCGGCCACUAGCAGAGGAGUCGAUGUGCCCACCCAGGCUGCUACCAUCCUUCUGAAUGGCACGAAAGGUCCUGACAUUAUGGUAGAGGAUGAGCCGACCAAGCUGGAUCUCAAUGGGGAGCCCAAGUCGGCUCGCACCAAGAUUGACCAGUCGGCCAAGUUUUUCGAUCCAAAUAACGAGAUUGCAGCCAAGCUGCGUGAACAAGUCGCUCUCGACACCUUGGAUGAGCUCUUGGCAUACCUUCUCCACGGAGGCGGUGCUGUCGGCAUUCUCGAUGCCACAAACAGCACGAUCAAGCGGCGGAAGCUCUUGGUCGACCAUAUCAAAGCUCGGGAGCCAAAGCUCGGCAUUCUCUUCAUCGAAAGCAUCUGCCACGACCAAAAUCUCCUCGAGGCCAACAUGCGCCUGAAGCUUUCCGGGCCAGACUACAAGGACAAGGAUCCUGUCAAGUCUUUGGCUGAUUUCAAGGAAAGAGUAAAAGCCUAUGAAAGUGCUUACGAGCCGCUGGGCAAGUGGGAGGAAGACAUGCAUCUUCAGUACAUCCAGGUAUGUUUUAUCUUUGGUUUAAAACUCGUGCACCACCGACUCAAGGGAUUCCUUAGCGGCGGGAUCGCUUCUUACUUGACGACGUUCAACCUUUCUCCCAGACAAAUCUGGAUCACCCGCCACGGCCAGAGUCAGGAUAACCAACUGCAAAAGCUGGGCGGCAAUUCUGAACUGACCGAGAGAGGUCACUGCUAUGGCCUUGCACUCUAUAACUUCAUGACGUACAAGCGCAAAGAGUGGCUGAUUGAACAGAAGAACAAGAUCGCACAGUCGACCUUCCCACCGCUGCCAGGCGACAACACGCCACCAUAUCCCGAGCUCAACCAAGAGCUCGAGGACAAGAACUUUUGCGUCUGGACUUCGAUGCUGCAACGCAGCGUGCAGACGGCCGAGUACUUCGACGCAGACGAAGAUUACGAUGUGAAGGCUUGGGAGAUGCUCAACGAGCUCAACGCUGGCUCCUUUGAGGGGAUGACUUACGAAGAGAUUGCGCAAAGAUACCCCGAGGAGUACCGGAAACGGUCCCAGGACAAGCUCCAGUACAUCUAUCCUGGAGUGGGAGGCGAGGGUUAUCUCCAGGUUAUCAGCCGUCUCCGGGAUAUGGUUCGGGAGAUUGAGCGCAUUACCGAUCACCUGCUCAUCAUCGGACACCGAUCAGUUUGCAGGGUGCUGAUGGCGUACUUUAUGGAUCUCACUAGGGACGAUAUUGCCGACCUCGAUGUUCCGCUGGGGAUUCUCUACGCUAUUGAACCCAAGCCGUACGGCAUCGAGUUCCACGCCUACAAGUACAACGAGGAGCAGGGCUGGUUCGAUGAGCUUCCCAACUACAAGCCUCGGAAGACGGUGGACAGGAACUCGUGA